CAGGGAGGGUUUUGGAUACACCGUGCCUCUGGAUGUACCUGCAAGGACGUUUACAAUAAUCCCGUAUAUGUGUAUUCGUAAUUAGAAAUAAGAUUUUGAUAUAAUAUUUGUUAUUUUCGUAUAGAAAUGGCAAGCAUAGUUGGCGCGCCGAAUACAGAAGAAAGGGCUGUUUUCACGCAGCUGAAACCCGUGCGGAUGUCUAGCGCGGUUGGGCCGGAGGACUCUUCAGUGUUUGAGGACGUCAAGCCCGUAGCGAGACUCGCAACAAACCAGGUUGAAAUGACGCAGACACUGAUGGAAAUGGAUAAAUAUUUACCCCAAAGUGCCCCACUGCUUACCCCAAACAUAACCGAUAAGAAAUAUCGCCGGGAAAGUGCCUCAGUGGUGGAUGAAUAUUUUGCAGAUGAGAAACCUGCCCCUUAUAGUCUCAACAUCAAUGUUAUCCUGCCUAAUACUACUCACCUUCGCACAGGCCUUUACCGACCAAACAAACCUCCAGUACAUCAGAUCAAAUCCGAGCCAGGGGUGGAUGAACCCUGCGGAAUUCAGGCGCUCCCCGAAUUUACCUCAGUCUUCAGCGUACCCCAGACAGUCAACAGCCUUUUCAUCAAACCUGACAUGACUGUCACAGACGAGCUCCACAUUGGCCCCCAGCAGCCGGCAGUCUAUCAGAUGCCUGUCAGUAGUAGCGACCUAACCACAAUGACCUUCUCCCAGAGUCAGGCUAUAAAUGGAGUUGGUACCUCGGGCAGGACGAUGCUAAACCUGAACAAUGUAGCUUUGACAACGCAUUUUGGAGAGUUUGUCAUGCCCGAACCUUUCUACACUUCUCCCCAGCCCCAUAGUUUGCCUCCAUCACCCCCCAACUCCCAGCCCGGCAGUCCUGAGAACCAGGCAGAGCUUAUUACCACUGUUCCCCCGUCGUACCAGUCUAGAAUUGGAAUGAAGGUUGGACAGAUGACCUCUCAUUCCAUGCUAAUGGCCCAUGGUCAGGGCAUACUCACGGGGCCCAGAUACAACCGACGGAACAACCCUGAGCUGGAGAAGAGACGGAUCCAUCACUGUGACUUCCCAGGAUGCACCAAAGUUUACACAAAGAGCUCUCACUUGAAAGCACACCAAAGGACUCAUACAGGUGAGAAGCCAUACCGGUGCAGUUGGGAGGGAUGCGACUGGCGUUUCGCCCGUUCCGAUGAACUGACGCGGCAUUACCGCAAACACACCGGUGCGAAACCCUUUAAAUGCGUUGCCUGCAGUCGCUGCUUCUCUCGCUCUGACCACCUGGCACUGCACAUGAAGCGCCACCAAAACUAAUUGACUACACAUCCUUUCGUUUUCAAGUUUUAUUAUGAUUUUACUCUUUUGAAUAUUUCACAGUCAUUGACAAAUGCAGAUCAAAUCACCUAUGCUCAUAAAAGCUCUGCCGAUUCCAUACCAGCACUCAACAUAUUUUGAUUGUCUUGAAGAGGACUGGACAUUAUUAGAACAUCAUGGCAAAGAGCCUACAUAGGAUGUAUAGUACUGUACAUAUGUUUUGUAUGCGUGUAUGUUUGUAGAUUAAUGUGAAAAAUGUGUUGAAUUUUAUACUUGACCUCCACCUUUUCUGACUAUAAUUUGAAAGUACAUUUUGUUCCUUUGGGACCAGAAAUGUCUUCAGAAUAACUUGAAAUGCAAUGUUUAAAUGAAUAAUUCCAAGAUAAUUAAUUGUUCAUUUCUAGAUAAAAGUAUCACUGUAUACCCACUGUCUAUAAUAUUUAUAUGGAAUACUCUCCUGCCUCCCAAGGAAAAUCUCAAAAGUUGUUUGCAUUUGGGUUACGAUACAAAAUUGAGCAACCCUAAUGUUUGCUUUUCUCAUAGUUCUGUAGCCAUGGAAACAGAUCUUUAUGGGACUGUGUAAAAAGUAUCGCUCAGAGCAGUUGACUGUUUGACAGUUCACCUCUUUGUAUGGCUGAUGUGUACAUUCAUAAGACAAAUUAGCUCACAAUUGCAUAUGGACAUCAAAUGAUUCAACAAAUGAACCCAUGCUUUAUUUUGAGUAUGUGUGCCAAAUUUGACAUGUAUCUCACAUGUAGUUAUUUGCAAGUGGAUUUUUCAUUAAAACUUUGAGAAUAUUUUCUUGUCAAACUUCAUGUAGAUACCCUUCAAAAAAAUGAAAGAAGUCCAUGAAAGAGUGGACCCUGUUUCAACAAUCAAUUUACAAGUUCACAAGAAACUUUAGAAGACUUCUUAUCCCUCACCUUCCUCAAGAACAAAUGUAUUCUGUAUGGACAUAGUCACAUUUUAUACAGUGGCCUUUUUAAUGCUGUUUGUAACUCAUGUUGUGUGGUGUGAGCAACCACAGUUUGUAAAAGUUCUGAAGUUCCCAUCCGUUUGUGUCCUUUACUUAUGAAGGGAACUCUGUUGGAUCAAAAGAUUCUGUAUAUACUGCAGUUAAAGUAAAACUAUGUGUAAAUACAUUUUUGUUUUCUCUCUCUUUGAAGCUGAUUUUGUUUUAUGAGCAUGUGGGACUUUAUUAAGCUUGUCUUGAAUGUGGGUGCAUUAUGUUUGUAGACCGUGCAUACUUGGAAAAAGUGAUGAUCAGGUUAACGUUUUGUAUUUUCUUGCUUGAAUACACAGAAUUUUGAAAAUAAAAUGAGUA